UAAACAACUAAGCAAAUAAACCUAAAAUAAAUAGUAAGCUCUAAAAUGUGCAAAGAAACGUGUCAUCAUUCAUCUAAAGCUUCACUUGACCAUUACCGGAGCAAAGAAGCAGUGGAGCGGAGCCGCUCCCAUUGUCCCACGAAAAUAUGAAGCUAACCAGAAAAUGGAGAAAAUCUCAAGGCGAAUCUCAGUACGACGAGGAUGAUAAAUUCUCUUUGCCAACUCGCGACGAUAAUCGUCCCAUGGAUUCCCAAGAACAAGAGGAAUUGGUUCGAUCUCUCGAGAAAGUUCAAACUCAGCAAUCUCUUCUCUGGAGGGGUGUGUUCUCGGGGCUACUCUUGUGUUAUGUGGCUUUUCUCGUAUACUCAAUCUAUCAACAGGCCUAUUAUCCCUGGGAACUGCGAUAUCAUGCUUACUUCAUGUAUGAAGUUGACGCGUGGACCAUCAUUGCUGCAGAUUGGGCAGCUAUUUUAGCGUGCUUAAUCACCAUAAAGGGGUUAUUGCAUGAAUCGAAAUAUCAUAGGAGGUGGCUAUGGUCAUCGUGCUCCAUUGGCUUGAUAGUGGCAGUGUUUUGGUUGCAUCACAUGCUAAGGUUGGCAAAGUUUAGGUGGGAUAUUUUGUGGCUACCGUUAGGACCCCUUAGUGGAGCUGGAAUCUGCAUUUAUGUAGACCAUUUACUAAAUGUGUCAUCUGAAGAAGUGCGGAAACUUAGAGGAUAUAUGUAUGCAUUUAAAGCUAGGUAAGAGCUUAGAGGAUGUAUAUGGGCCCUUAAAGCCAGUUAAGGCGUUGCCCUAAUCAAAUUUUAACACUUGUAUUAGUUCCUUGAUAGUUUUCCCCCUUA